AUGUCGUCAGGAGCAGGCCGUGAGCAGGUCUUUCCCACCCGACAGGUGCUGGGUCAGAUGAACAGCAAACUCAAGGGAGCUCAGACAGGCCACAGUUUGCUCAAGAGGAAGAGUGAAGCCUUGACCAAACGGUUUCGAGAAAUUCUCAAGCGAAUAGAUGAAGCAAAACGGAAGAUGGGUCGAGUCAUGCAGAUUGCCGCCUUUUCCCUCGCUGAAGUCACCUAUGCUGCUGGAGGAGACGUGGGCUACCAGGUUCAAGAAUCAGUCAAGAAUGCUCGCUUUCGCAUACGGACCAAGCAAGAGAAUGUCUCGGGUGUCUUCCUGCCUCAGUUCGAGAGCUAUACCAAGGAGGACAUCAAUGAUUUCCAGCUAACUGGUCUCGGCAAGGGUGGUCAGCAGGUCAAGAGAUGUAGAGAGACAUACGCCAGAGCCGUCGAGACUCUGGUAGAGCUGGCCAGUUUACAGACAGCUUUCGUCAUUCUCGACGAGACCAUCAAGGUGGUCAACCGAAGAGUCAAUGCCAUUGAGCACGUCAUUAUACCCAGGACAGAGAACACGAUCAAAUAUAUCAAUUCUGAGCUCGACGAGCUAGACAGAGAAGAGUUCUACAGGCUCAAGAAGGUAUCGAACAAGAAGCAGAGAGAUCAGGCUGCAUCGGACAAAGAGAUGAAGGCAAAGAGGCAACAGGAGCAGCAGAAUGGAGUCAAGAAGAACGACGAUGAAGACGAGGAAGAGGCCAAAGAUGUCCUUGGUGAGCACGAGGAUGACGAUGUCAUAUUCUGA